UCGGUUUGCGCUCGCUGCAACAGUAAGUGGCCUUAAGCAGCAGCAAGUGUAGCAAAUAUCAUCGCAGCGGCACGGAUGGUAACAACAACACGAGCGGGGCAGGAAAUAAUGGCAUGACGGGGCAGCAGCAGCACGGUGACGGUGGGAGCGUGGUGGCAAUGCUGGACGAGCGCACCGGCAAGGUGAACGUCCAGCUGCUUUGCCCUCCGCGCCGCAACCUUUCGCUCAAGCGGCAGGUGUCGAAGGAGGUGGAAACGCGCGCACUGAUUUCGCGCGUCGCCCAGUACUACGCGAGCUACGUCGCGGAGAUUGGGCUGGAGCGGUACUUCAUGAACGAAACGAUCGUGACGACGGUGGUGCCGCUGGACGGGAAGUGCGAGACGGUGCUGCCGGAGCGUUUCCGCCACGGCCGGUGGAUCGUAGCGGGAUUCAACCGAAUGACGAACAAACGGUUCGCGAUCGUGUGCCAAAACCUCGUCCUGGCAAACGGUGCCUCCGAUCUGGCGAACCGGCUCGGCGUGAAGGGCGAGGGGCUGGAGAUGGCGUGGGUGAAGUACGAGCUGCCCCAUCUCGAGCGGGCGCUGGAGCAGUACGACGAGCCGGGCCGCUCCCAGCUCAAGCCGGUGCUGAUCGUGGGGGCGGGGCUGAGUGCGGCCGACGCCGUCACGAUCUGCCGCUCGUCCGGCAUCCCGGUGGUGCACGUGUACCGCAACCGGACGGCCGGGCUGGACAAGAUGCUGCCGGGCAACGUGUACCCGGAGUACCACGAGGUGCACAAGAUGAUGAAGGACGCGAACCGCAAGCACGACCUGUACACCCCGUUGCCCGAGCACACGCUAGUGGAUCUGGCGGGGGCCGGCCGCGUCACCGUCCAGCACCUGAAGACGGGCGAGCGGCGCGUGCUGGACGUGUCGUACUGUGCGAUACUGAUCGGGUCCCGGCCCGACCUUCGCUUCAUCGCCACGCUGACGAAGCCGGCGGCGGGCGGGGACGGCAACGCCUGCCCCGACUCGGAAACGGAGGACGACCAGGUGGCUCCGGACCGGUGCUUCGGCCGGCCCCCGGUCCAGCCGCUCACGAUGUGGACGUUUACCGAGCAGCUGCUGACCUCCUGCCUCGGCCGGAAGCUGUACUGGCUGAAGCACAUGUGUGCCAAAUGCAAACACAUCAACCUCACCGAUAAACCGCGCCACCAACAUCACAAGCAGCAGCAGCAGCAGCACUACAACGCACCGGCGCUCAGUGCGGGCGGCGGUCACUGCCAGCAUCAGCUGGGGGCGUCCAAUCUAAGCGCCGCCUCGGGGCUGGGCCUCGGCGAAGAUCCGACCAAACCAAUCGACUGCAAAAACAAUCCAAUCGAGGUGGAUAAGUACACGAACGCGGUACUGCGCACGGCCCAUCCCGGUCUGUACGCGAUGGGACCGCUGGUGGGCGACAACUUUGUGCGCUUCAUACCCGGCGGUGCGCUCUGCAUUACCGCCGCCCUGCACAAGCACACGGAAAACGAUUGAUGGGCGCGGGGCAUCUGCUAGAACCGGCCCCGACGACUGGACGUGGGUUUCAUUCAAUUUGUGUGUGGUUUUUUUUUUGACUCCCGCUGAUCGAAUCGGGCCCCUCGCGAGUGGGUUUUUCGAUCGUUAUGGGUUAUGGGUUCGCUCCCGCAAAGUGUCUGCAGUGCGUGGCGACAUGCGUCCAUUGUUGUCGUGGGAGAUGAACGCGGAUCCUGCACAAAAACGAAGAAGAAGACAUGCUAACCGAUAAAUUGUGUUAUUAGCAUCAUUAUAUCGGCACCAGCGUCACCUUCUGCCACACGGGAAUGAGGGUUUUCGUUUGACGAAUAGCGACCCGACUGGUUACGAUGGGUGAGGGAGCGUUAAAUACGUUGAUUGAUGAUUGGGACGGCGUGGACGAUCAGUUCACCGAAUACGUCAAUUGAAGCUGCCGCUGUUAGUAGCUUAUCGUGUGUGUAUGUAUAUAUUUUUUAAAUCUAACCGACCGAAGUUCUAAUCGCACGUAAUGCUAAUACUCAUGUUUAACGGAGCGGUUAAAGUAUUUGAAGAUGGGUUGGCUGCUGUUGCACCGUCGUACGGCACGGCAGCAAGUGUAGUUCAAUUUGUUUGUAUCAAUCAAAGGAAGAUUGUAGCUCGUUUCGGGUGCAGCAAACCCGACUAGGGGAAGAGGCAGUCGAAGAGAGUAGUUUUCACGUAGAUAAAUUGUUUAUAUUAUUUUAAACUUAACGUUUUUUCUCCCCCCCAAUGUCCUGCAAUCCAUACCUAUACGCACUUGGUUUUCGCACCCGUGAAGAGGGAAAAUCCCCCCGCACAACAAAUCCACCUUGCAUGCCCCAAAAACAUUCCCAGCGCGCAAUCUACGCCCCACAAAUACUCUACUACGGAUAGCACUAAGCUUCCGGGCUCGACGAGAUACGGCGAAACUGUUAGAGUCGACCGAAGGGCCGACCAAUAUUCGCCUUGCGCGGUGUUCCGCUUUAAUGGUAGCUUCGGUCUAGAGUUUUUCUUUGCCUCUUUCAAAGCUUCACUUCGGUUUGGAGUACACUUAUUGCCCGUCUGUGAUUUAGUUUCGGCUUUACUUAUGUAGAGCAUUUUACGUUAGAGAUAAUUUAUUUUUCAGGAAGCAAUCCACGCUUGCACACACUACACAUCGACCCAUGUUUAGUGAGACAGGAUCGGUGGUACACGCGAUCGAAAUGCUUUUGUUUUACAUUCAACACGGUUGAGUGUAGUGCGGUGGGCCUCCUUAUUUCGUCCGUAGUGUCCUACUGCCAUCGUUGUAAAACCCCAUUUUAAAGCAACCGAACACUAGCGCGGAACCUAAACCUGCCUUGGCCGCUUGGUACGAGUCCCAUCCAACCAUCCGAUUCCAGUUGCUAGAGACGACUCUCAUCAUACUUUCCUGUUGAUUUGACAGAAACACAAGGGCAGGCAGUUAGAUUAGGGAAGCGGGUUGUAAGCAUAUACCCGGUUCUAUAUACAUACAUUUACUUCCUGCUACCGUGCAGGCGACGUACCUCGGUAGUGUAGGAAACGGACCCAACCUGUAAUUACCAACGUGUGUAACAUUUUGUGCAGAUGUGGAUGUAUGCAAAUGUUGGAAAUAAUGUGUAAGAAAAUUCAAACAAACCAACCAACCAACCGCUCUUCAAUUUAUAUCUCUCAUGUAUCGUUCCCGUGGCGCUGAAUGCGGUUGCCCGUUGUGCGAAUAUUGUACACCCGUUUUCUUACGAAUGUAACCGAAUUCUAAAGUAAUUACGUUCAUCCUAGGUAAUGCACACCCGAUUGCAGGUGGAUGAGGUGUAAGAGCCGUUAGUGGAGAGUCGAGUGGGAAACCUAUAUGAACAAACCUAGUAGCAAGAGGCGACAACCUAGAGACUGAUCUUUGUACGUUUUAGAACUAGUCCACGAGUACGUUCGGGUGCGAUCGAAAGCGAUCCGUGGUAAUGCGCUCGAACGAACCCGGCAUAUAUUGUACUUUCCAAUCGUUUUCCACCGUCGUGUAAGCGUUGCACUACUUUUAUUUAUUUUUCAUUGAUUAUCCAACCGCUUCGUUUCCAUACAUCUACAGUUGGAGGAGUGAAAUUAAAAUUGUCUUUUAUUCAAUUCAAAGCAGGGUAGACUCAAAGCCAAACGCCGACAUUUACAAUGCACCCAAACAUACACAAUUUUACUGAUCUACUCUUCCGAAGCACCUGUCGUUUCACAAGUUGUACAUAUAAACUGUUACUUAAAUUGUAUCAUCACGAUAUCAUCGUCGUCAAUCGUGUUUGUGUGUGUGCAUGUGUUGGUUGGAAGGUUUGGAGAAUGGAGAGUGUUUUGCUUUUGUUAGCCAUCAAUAACCCUUUCUUAUCGUAGAGAGAAGAUUAUAGAACUUGUGAGAAAUUAUAACACAUUCUCCCUGCUUGCCAUGCACUCACCAACGCGCAAUCGACACUGUGGAAAACAGUUGGAAAACAAACAAACAAACACCCCGCAAAUCAAACGUUGCGAAUCAAAACAUUACGUCUUUAGCGUAAGCUGUUACGUUUUGCUCUUCAUUUAUGGAAAGUUGAAAA